AGAUUAGACGUUCCUCUAGUUAAGAACAGGAAUAAAUGAAGGCAUCAUCUUAAUUUCGAAAUCAACCACUUUACAUAACAUAAGUUGUGCUCAUUAGUUAACGGGUUUAUAAGUAUUUCAUUAAAUACCUCAAGUUUCAAAUAAAAAAACAACAAACUUUCCUGUUUCUUUUAAUCGUGAAACAACAGAACACAUUUAAGUCAAUUUCCUCGCACAAAAGCAAGUAAUUACUGUUCCAAUUUGGUGGUCCAUUAGUGAGCUAUUUUCACUCGUUUGCAGGAGGACGUUUGUUUGUGAAGGUGGUCCUAAAAAUGGCCCUAAUAUUUACUUAGCCUUUCUACCAUUCUUUUUUCAGGCAUCGACCACAGCUGGUAUUCGUAAAUACACAUGCGGCUAAUAGUCUAUCCUUAUGAUAAUUCUAGAGCCUGGUCUUUCGCCUACUUCUAAAUAAUCCUCUACGUAUAGGGUGUUCGAAAAUGAGAUCUAGCAGCUUUAUCGCCCUUGGGUCGGUCUGUCGGUGUUGAUGCCAAGAAAAAUUGAUCGACUGUUUGAAUAGGAUCCGGCCAAGAUGCAGGUAAUGUCAAGGGAUACGUCUAGUUGCUGCAUGUCGCUGACUGACACCGAGUUAGUCCCCUGUGUUUAACAGGCAGUGGCAGACGACACUGAUAUAGUAAUUGACUCCAAGCACUGCAUAAAUCCAGGGCGAAACCUGAAUACAUUGGAUUAUGGAUUUCAGGCUGGGAAACAUGACACUUAUUCCAUUGGCCUUUUUGAUGUCCGUUAUGUUAAAAAAUUGUAUUGGUCAAGGGUAUGAACCAUCCUGCCCCGUAACCGAGACCCCCGACCAGACCACGGAAAUCUGUUUCUGCAUUCCCGAAAGCGGCGAAAUAUUCAAGUGGGAUAUAGACUGUAACUUCAGGGGAUAUGGACCAAAUAUGCCUAACUUUCUACAAACUGAUGAUGUUAUUGGAAAACUUGACUUCAGGUACAACUCAAUCAACCACAUUCAAAGUUAUGCAUUUCGGAACAUCCCGGGUUUACGAGAAUUGAACUUGGCCGAGCAGCAUCCAGUUGGUAAUGUUAGCACGCUCACCGUUGCUCCCGGGGCGUUUCAUGGCCUGAUUAAUCUAGAGAGUUUAACGCUGAUAAGAAACAGGAUAGAAAACACCACACAGGUGAUCAACCCGAGUACAGUAGACGGAUUAAAAAAUCUGAAAGAACUAUAUUUCUUCGAUAAUGAAAUCAAGAAAAUAGGAGCUUUGGCAUUCGCAGGCUUAGUCAACCUUGAGGUGUUAAAUCUGAAUUAUAAUUACAUUGCCUCGAUUCACGUAAAUGCAUUCGUGGGGUUGAACCGAUUGAAAAAGCUGUUUCUUACCCGUAACAAGUUAACACGCGUUGAUCCAGGUGUUUUCUCCAGUGUGACAACGUUAAGGCAACUGUUUCUAAACGAGAACCAAAUUACAGAAGUUGCCCCCAAAGCCUUCAAUGGGCUCCGGAAUCUUACUGAUUUAAGGCUGAAUAAGAACAAGUUGCAGAGUCUGGAUAAUAUGGUUAUCGUUGGACUCGAUAAGAGGGAGGUAUUUUUGCACAUCGGAAGGAAUCCCCUACACUGCGACUGCGAGCUUAAAUGGCUUCGAUCUUUAGAAAUAACACCCUCGGGAAGCUGCGGUACCCCUAAAGAACUUCGUGGGGAAUCGGUAGUUUCUUUCCCAACUGAAGAUUGUGGACGCGUCACAGCGGAGUCCUCGUGUAUAGAUGAUUGCCCAUCUAACUCGGGGAAUAAGAACGAUGCAUUUAUCUGUGCUUUAUUUUCCCUCGCUAUUGCUAUCGCAGUGCCUUUGUGACUGUUGCCAGCAACAUGAAUAAUGUAGACAGACGGCGAAUGCCUCAUGCAAGCGUCGUUUUCGUGUCCCUGCAGUCGUUAAGACCUCACAUUAGUGGACAUAUCCAGGACCCAAUAUCCGUUUAUCGGUGACAUUGGUUUUUAAAAUUUAUCAUUACUAUUAGAGGUUAGGAUUUCUUAGAAUUGCUACAUGUUGUAGUUCUGUAAAUUAUACAGAGCUUAUGUAAAUGAACUUCAAUGCAGAUUGCUGAUGACGCGAUUGAAAAAGAUUAUGACUUUUAUUGUGAUUUAUGGAAAGUUGGUCGAAUUUCUCUCCGCUUAUUGAAUUAUUUCGGUUGCUUAGUUUCUGUCCAACGAAACAAUGAUGGAUUGUAAUCUUAUCUGUUUUAAUUGUAAGCUUUUAAGAUAAUUGGGUUUUUAAAAAAACAUAGCGUAAGAGUCAAUUGGCGUUGCCGCGCAGAGAAAAUCGAGGGCAGAGGACAGUGGCUGCUUCAAGUGGAAAAUCCGAUAAAGACCUAUUUCAUUUGAAGAAUAAA